GUCUGUUCCUGAGCUGUGUGUCGUUCUUUAGUGCGUUGCGACUCGUGUGUCUAUCUCUCUGUGGUGAGUUAGCUGUCUGUCUGCCUCUCUCUCUCUCUCUCUCUCUGUGGUGAGUUAGCUGUCUGUCUGCCUGCCGUUCCUCUCCACUGCAUCCUGACUGACUGAAGAGCUCUGUCAUUGACUCAUCCCGUUCUUUAUAAGGAGGUGUUAAUGAUGAGCAACCGCUUCACAUAAUACUGGAACCAGCCAGCCUGAACAGACCAGACUUUAACAGACAGACACAGUCAACCACCGGACUGAAGCCAGCCUCGACAACCACAGAGAGCAGAGCAGAGGGGACUGGAAGAAUGUCAGUCUGACGGAGACAUAGACUGUUGUUCUGUUUUUAUUCUCAAUCUUCAAGACUUCCACCCCCUGGAUGGUGUGCAGGACACAGCUGCUUGUGGAGUAUGGGUACAACUGCCAGCGCAGCGCCACAACCCGUCUCUGUCUCAGGCUCCAUAUCCUCUGUAGCAGCUCCCAGCAUCCUCCUCCGCUUGAGAGUCUCCAUGGCAACGGGGCGGUGAACAGCAGACACUCUCUCAGCAUGAGCUCUUCCCAGACGGUGAAGAUCCACAGCGGCAAGGCCAAGUCUAUCAUCACUAACAAGGUGGCGCCUGUCGUCAUCACAUAUAAUUGCAGACAGGAAUUUCAGAUCCACGAUGACCUCUUCAGAACAAACUACAAAGUGGGCCGGAUAUCAGACUCAAUGCCUGAACACUACUUGGUACAGGGUGAGUUCUUCAUGGUCCAGGACGUGUACAGCAAGGCUGACGUCCUCAACACUACAGGCAGCUACGGAGCGCCAAACUACCGCCAGGUGAAAGGAAGCUACCCGCUGUACGGCAUGGGCCAGCCCAGCCUGAAUGGCUUCAAACAGGUCCUCCAAAGACUACAGAGUCAAGGGCAUGAGGAGGUGAUGUUCUUCUGUGUGCGUGAGGAACCGGUGGUGUUCCUGCACCUGGAGGAGAACUUUGUUCCAUACACUCCGCGGAGGAAGGAGAACCUCCAUGAGAAUCUCCAUGGCCUGGACAAGGAGGGGACGGUGGAGACCCUGGAGCUCACCAUCAGGAAGGAGCUCCACGACUUUGCCAAGUUGAACGAUAACGUGUUCUACGUGUAUAACGACAUCGAGCACUUCAAGGGCGAGCCUCAGAGGAGGACCAUCACCUGUGAGGAGGACAUCCAGGUCACAGAGGAGGUCUACAGGAGACCUCUGUUCACCAUGCCUCUCUACAGGUACUACCGGCUGCCACUACCGAUGGAGGGAGCACCUCUAGAGGAGGAUUUUGAUGCCUUUGUUACUGUUCUCAGGGGUGAGGAGGGUUCUUACUCUUCUCAGGGUGAGGAGGGUUCUUACUCUUCUCAGGGUGAGGAGGGUUCUUACUCUUCUCAGGGUGAGGAGGGUUCUUAG